AACCUGACAAUUUGACCAAACAAAAAAAAACCAGUCUAACGAUAAACCACUUCAGUGUUCUGGGUUUUUAGCAAACUUUGAGGUUCUUCUCUCUCUCUGCGCAGCCAAAUUAUCCAUUUCCCUACUGAGAGACUCAACCAAAUCGCUCGUUAUCAUUCUCACUGGUUAUGCAGGUUUCCAGCAUUGAAUUGGGUAUGAUUGGUUAGCGAACAUUUAAGUCUCUAAUGGAGAUCCUUUCUCAGUCGCCAGUGAACUAUACAGGUUUUCUUCAUCAAGGUACUCCCUUUCUGCCAUCGAAGUUUCCAGUGAGAGUUGAUUAUUACAGAGAUGUUUCUCGAACACCACAAAUGAUUUGUAGAAGGAAGAUAAAACAAGAACGUGCAAACCAUAUUUGCUCCAAAUUUGUGACGUCAGCCGCAAGAAAUGGUCGCCAUCUAUGCUAUGAUGAUUUGCCUCAAAAGCCUUUUUUGCUAACAUUGAUCAAGGAUGCCUUCUGGGGGCUAAAAUCUUUAUUUGAAUUUCUGAUUGAGCAACCUAGCCAGCUGAAGUAUGUAGAGUGGCCAAGCUUUAGUAAUACACUGAGGACUGCGACUCUGACUCUUGUUAUUGUUGCACUGCUUAUCGUUGCAUUAUCAUCAGUUGAUUCGGCUCUCUACUACCUUUUGGCUUUAGCUCUUCGGAAAAGCCCAUAACUCUGCCGGGAUGCCUGUGUUACCAGUACCUUGUAAGCAGUUGAGUCUGAUACUUGUAAUCUGUUUAGGUCUAUCCUUGUAAACAUGUAAAUCUCGACUCCUGUUCAAUUAGAACGGACUAGUAUAUCUAGUACAUUCAAGAACCUUUAAUUAAAGCCGUUUGCAACGCAGUGAAGGCGUUGUUUGCAUUGCAUAGAA